UCUAUUUUAGCAAAUUUUUUUUUUUUAUAUUUUCUUUCAACAACAUUUUUUCUAACAGGUGCAAAUAGUUGAUUUUUACAAACAUGUAAUCCUGCACUCAAUUGGCUGCAUUUAAAUGAUGUCAGUACAUUAGUUUAUGUUCAUGGUAGGUUUUUUUUUUUUGUUUUUUUUUAAGCUCCUUACAAGGUGUCAGGUUACAUCCUCCUCACUGUUGCUGUGGGCAUGGACUCUUUAACAGCGACUCCACCCUGACCAACAGAGAGUCCUGCCUCUCUGCACCUGUGUGAUCGGGUUAAACGACAAUAGUCACUCAGAUCAUUUAGGUCCAAACCUGAACAAGCAGCAGAAGAGACACAAACUGAUCUCCAAAGGGAACCAUGAACUCCACCGUCUCUAUGCGCAGCUACUCUGUUCGUCAACCCUCCUUCUCCAGCAUGUCGAUGAGGGACAGCGGACGCAGCCUACGCUCCAAGCCUUCCCUCUCGUCUCUGUCCACCGUCAACAGCCUGUCUCUGUCCCGUUCUGUCUCCGUGGGCAAUGGUCUCAACAUGCUGGGCACCAGCCUGUCCUACAAUGGACUUGGUGUUGGUGCGAGUGACAAGGAAACCAUGCAGGGUCUGAAUGACCGGCUGGCCAACUACCUGGAUAAGGUUCGCUCGCUGGAGAGGUCCAACGCAGAACUGGAGGUCAAGAUCAAACAGCUGAUGAUGGAAAGAACACCCAAAGGUCAUGACAUUGAGGCGAUGAUGGCCCAGGCACACGCCAUUGGACAGGAGGUGAGGAAGAAAACUCUGGAGAACGCUCGUAUCAUGUUGGAAAUUGACAAUGCCAAGCUGGCAGCAGACGACUUCAGGGUCAAAUGGGAGGCAGAGGCUACAUUGUGCCAGUCAGUGGAAAGGGACUGUCAGGCCCUGAGGAGAGCAAAGUCAGAUCACGACCAGAUCAUUGCCACACUGCGAGGAGACUUGGACAGCCUGAAGGAGGAGCUCUACUUCCUGAAGAAGAACCAUGACGAGGAAAAGAAUUCUAUCAAGGCCCGAUUGGCCAAUGAGCAGGUGAACGUGGAGGUCGAUGCGGCUCAGAGCUCAGAUCUAGGGGCCACACUGGCUGAGCUAAGGGUCCAGUAUGAAGGCAUCACUCGCAAGAACAAGGAGGACACCGAGACCUGGUACCUGAAGAAGCUGGAGGCAGUGCAAUCUGAGGUCAAGGAAAGUAACGAGGCUUUGCGUUGUGCCCAAACUGAGCUCAGUGAGAGGCGACGCUUCCUGCAGGCUCUAGAGGUUGAACUGGAUAACCUUCGCAAACAGGUUGCCGUGUUGGAGGGAAACCUGUCAGAAACCAAUCACAAAUACUCCUUGGAGAUGGAUCGUCUCCAGAUCGUACUCACCCAGCUGGAGGACGAACUCUCACAGAUGCGUCUGGACAUGCAACGCAACAAGACUGACUACGAACAGCUUCUGCGCAUUAAGCAGAACUUGGAGAUGGAGAUCGCCACCUACAGGAGGCUGCUGGAAGGAGAGGAAAUGGUCAAAGAAACUCCUCCUCCACCUAAAAAAGACCCCGAUGUACGGACCAGGAAGAUUGUAAAAGUCGUGACUCAGACUAUGAUAAACGGUAAAGUGGUGGAUGAGUCCAGUGAGGUGGAGCAGAUCGAGGAACGCAAGAAGUGAGUCAGCGUUGACUACAAAAGGGAAAAAAGCCAAAGAGUUUACUGACUGUGGAGCAGUUCAUUCCCACGUUGCUCCUGUAGAUCCAGUUAAAGCACAGUCAGAAAUGUCUUUAUUCUUAUAGCGACACAUGGAAAAACAUUGUUCUGGAAAAACACCGGAAAAAAUUUGGCUGACAAAUAUCUUGUCAAAUGUCUGUCUCUGUCAUUAAAAUGACAGUAAUCGUGUUGUUCUCAUAUUCUACUGUGUGUUGGCUCCAUUAAACUUGUACCCACGACAUCAGACCUAAUUCUCAUCUCAAAUUAACCCUUCGGGACACAACAAGACAUGCUGCCUAGGUUUUAGUACAUUUGGAGAAGUACUUUUUGUAGUAAUAUAUGUCUCACCGGACAACCAAAGCCAAUCCAAGUUAGAUGUGUAGUUUAUUGUUAUUCAAAUGAAAAGUAAUAAGUAAAAUGUUUAUUUCUAUGUUAGUAUCCUGGGUAUUGAAUUAAAGACACCUUAACCAGCAUUAGUCUUCACAACCUGUAUGUGUUUGUCUGUCAGGUUCAUGUAGGCUGCUUUAAAACAGCCUAUAUUUGGGUAACAGGAAACAACAUUGUUCUGUUCCAACACAUAAUUAUUUAGGGUCCAGGAAGCACACAUAUGUACUGUAGCAUAGUUCCCAAAUGGAAAUGGUAGUUUGGAUAAAAGCGAUAUUUUUCACCUAAAGGUUUUUUUUUUAUCAAUUUAUUUUCUUUCUUUUUUUCAAUAGAUUUUUCAAAAUACAAAUAUCAACUUUCUUAGAUCCUGAUAGUAUGAUGCAAUUAAUUGUUAGAUUAAA